GAUAGUUGUUUACCUUUUUUCCCCAAAAAAAGAAACAUUUACAAUUUUAGCAACUUUUUAGUUUAAAUUAAUUACCAAAUGGUCCAUUACCAAUGGCUAGAGGUCCGCAACUUAAGGGCAACUAAAAUGUAAGCGUACAUCCUGCGCAGGAUUCCACAUCGCACUUGCCCCAGUUCCUGGCGGCGCACUUUAAUUAGCCAAUUGUGCCGGAUCACUCAUGGAUCAGGACAGGGAAAAGGAGCAGGAGGAGCAGCUCAUGGAGAUGGAGCCGAAGCAGGAGGUGGUGGACGUGGCGCAGUCUUAUAUAACGCGGGCCAAGAUGAAUCCUGCCAAGAAGGAUAACGAGAAGCGGCGACGCAAGGAUGCAAUGAGAAGGGUCUCGAUGAUAUUGCGGAAAUGCGACUCGCUGCGCUCCACGGAGGACAGGCAGUUCCUGGACAAGCACCCCGAAAUGGUGAAGGCCACCAAGAAGCGCAAGGAGCGCGUGGAGAUCUACAAGGAGCGGGUGGUGGAGCGCGAGGAUGCGCCGCACGUGAUCGAGGCGAAGGUGGAGCAGCUGGCCAACAUCAUUUCGCAGGCCAAGCACCUGGUUUGCUACACGGGAGCCGGGAUAAGCACGGCCGCCCUGAUUCCCGACUAUCGCGGCAGCCAGGGCAUCUGGACGUUGCUGCAGAAGGGCCAGGAGAUCGGCGACCAUGAUCUGUCCAGCGCGAAUCCAACCUACACGCACAUGGCCCUGUACGAAAUGCAUCGCCGGCGACUGCUGCAUCAUGUGGUGUCCCAGAACUGCGAUGGCCUGCACCUGCGAUCCGGUUUGCCCAGGCAUUCCUUGUCCGAGAUCCACGGGAACAUGUAUGUGGAGGUGUGCAAGAACUGUCGGCCGAACAGCGUUUAUUGGCGUCAAUUUGAUACCACGGAAAUGACCGCCCGCUACUGCCACAAAACCCACCGCCUGUGCCAUCGCUGCUCGGAGCCUCUGUACGACACUAUUGUGCAUUUCGGGGAGCGAGGGAACAUCAAGUGGCCACUGAAUUGGGCGGGAGCCACGGCGCAUUCAGAGCGAGCCGAUGUGAUCCUGUGCCUCGGUUCCAGUCUCAAGGUGCUCAAGAAAUACACGUGGCUGUGGCAGAUGGAUCGACCUGCGCGCCAGCGGGCCAAGAUCUGUGUGGUCAACCUGCAGUGGACGCCCAAGGAUGGCAUUGCCAGCAUUAAGAUCAAUGGGAAAUGCGAUCGGGUGAUGGCCCAACUAAUGCACCUACUUCACAUUUCAGUGCCCGUCUACACGAAGGAAAAGGAUCCAAUAUUUGCACAUGCUACGCUGCUGAUGCCCGAGGAACUGCACACGCUGACGCAGCCGCUGCUGAAAAAUGCCGACGAGGAGGAGGCCUUCACCACCACAACCGAGGAAACGCAGGACUCGACCAUCUCCAGUGAGAGCUGUAGCUACAACUACAGCGAUCUGCCAAUCGGAAAGGGUCCCCGCAUCCGCACGCCCAUAAAAAACGGACGAAGGGUUAAGACCAACCUGGAGCUGCGCCAGAAAUUUAAGCUCAUCAAUGGCCAGGACGAGGAGAUUAAGGUGGAGACGGUGGACACAAAUGGAGAGGUUAAAACGGAGAUUGACGCCAUCCCUUCGCAGAAGCAGGAGUCGUUCAUUAAAAUAGAGACUGAAGUGAAACUGGAGGAAACCGAGAGCCAGCAGGAGCUGCAUCUUCUGGAGCUGCUGCCCAAGCUGGAGCCCCUUUCCCUCAAGGAAGAGACGGAGGAAGCAGCGAACAAUGGUUUCCUGGAGCUGCCCAAACUAGUCGCCAUACAAAAAACUCAUGUGGAAAACGUGAGCGCGCAACCAAUUGAGCUGAGAUUAGAGCCACUUCAACUGCCACCGCUGGUGCCCAUAGGAGCACCAUUGUCCACUCCCUUCGUAGAACCCAAAAUGGUUCUGCCACCUGCCUUUCAGUCGCUCAACGUUCAGAUUAAGAGCGAAAACGACGGUGACUCCUCUACAGAGAACGAGAACGAAGAGGAGGAGGAGGAGGAAAGCGAGCUGGCCCAGGUGGAUUUGCUGAGGCAGAACAACGACGAGGAGUUGCUGCGCCAACUGCCCUCGUGGUACGAUGCCAAGUACGCUUACUCGGGUCUGCACAGCAUUCUAAUACCGCCGCCGGCGGAUCUCAAUAUCUGGAACUCCCAGGUGGUGCCGAACUUUGCGAUGAACCGAUCCGCCGCCAGUUGCGACUUCUGUUUCGAUCGGUACGCCGAACUGGAGUGUCAGUUCUAUCGCCGUUGGAACCUCAGUCAGCGCAAGCACAAGAAACGAGCCAGGAGCGGUCGGUUCGUGGUCUGCGAGUGCUGUCCCACGUCCGACGACGACGAUGAUUACGAUGAGAAUAUAUCCUUGGCCCACAUUGCGGCGGCGGAGACGGCCAAGCGAAGGCAGCAGCUGAGCACGAGUUUCCCCCGCAAACUGGCGCGCACCCAGGCGGGAUGGUAUGGCAAGGGCUACAAGAAGGGACGGAAGCGAAGAUAGAGGGCCGGAUAUGGAUUCUAUGGCCGUGAUCCUUCCCCCAGAAACAAGGACAAGUCGAUUUGCAGAUAUCGACCUGUCCCUUACGAGACACAUGCUCGCUUCAAUAGUAUUUUAGCUAUAGGAUCAUAAGUCAUAGCAUAGAUGGUAGCAUAGGGUUCUUUUUAUUUAUGCGUUUUUUUAACAUGUCCGUUUCCUUGUCCUUUUAGUUGAUAUUUUUAAUGUAAUGUAAUGUCCCUCAGU